GCACACAACACAAGAGAAGCAGAACGCAAUUAUUUCUAAAGCAUUAGUGAGGUUCAGGGUUGCUUUCCUGCACUCUUCACCUGCCCGAGUGCAAUUGCAUAAUUAACUCAACAGUUUUGUUCUGCCCAAGUUCUGCAGUCACUACAACUCCCAAAAUGUUUGCUGUCAGAAGAGCAUUUCGUCUGUGUCAAAGAGUGGCAAAUGUGAGUGUUUCGCGUCGUGGAUGCGCUGGAGCUGUUCCAGUGGACGACAUCGUGAACGGUCUGACCGAGGAGCAGAUCCAGCUCAGACAGACGGUCCAGAGAUUCUGUCAGGAGAAACUCGCUCCCUACGCUGAUGAAAUUGAUAAGAAAAACGAGUUUCCCCGCAUGAGGGAGUUUUGGAAGGAGAUGGGUGAGCUUGGACUUCUUGGAGUUACUGCUCCAGUGGAGUACGGUGGAACAGGAUUGGGCUACCUUGAUCAUGUGAUUGUUAUGGAGGAGAUCUCCCGUGUGUCAGCAGCUAUUGCUCUCAGCUAUGGUGCGCACUCCAACUUGUGUGUAAAUCAGAUGGUUCGACAUGCUAAUCAGAAACAGAAAGACAAGUACAUGCCGAAGUUGAUGACAGGGGAGCAUGUGGGUGCCUUGGCCAUGAGUGAGCCCAACGCUGGCUCGGAUGUGGUGUCCAUGAAACUGACAGCGAAAAAACAAGGGGAUCAUUACGUGUUGAAUGGUAAUAAGUUCUGGAUUACGAAUGGACCAGACGCAGAUGUUCUGAUUGUGUAUGCUAAAACAGACCCAAAGGCAGCAGCCCGUGGCAUCACUGCUUUCAUCGUAGAGAAGGGCAUGCCAGGAUUUAGCACAGCGCAGAAGCUGGAUAAACUGGGAAUGAGAGGAUCUAACACCUGUGAACUCAUCUUUGAAGACUGCCAGAUCCCUGAGGAAAACAUAUUGGGCCCGUUAAAUAAAGGAGUAUAUGUUAUGAUGAGUGGGCUGGACCUAGAGAGACUCGUCCUGGCUUCUGGACCUGUUGGCAUCAUGCAAGCUGUGCUUGACCAUGCAAUUCCUUACCUACAUGUUCGUGAAGCCUUUGGACAGAAAAUCGGCCACUUUCAGCUAAUGCAAGGAAAAAUGGCUGAUAUGUACACACGUCUUAGUUCAUGUCGACAGUAUUUAUACAACGUUGCCCGUGCGUGUGACAAAGGCCAUUUCAGUGCUAAGGACUGUGCUGGGGUAAUCCUUUAUUGUGCUGAGAAUGCGACUCAAGUUGCCUUGGAUGGAAUUCAGUGCCUGGGUGGAAACGGUUACAUUAAUGACUACCCAAUGGGCCGCUUCUUAAGAGACGCUAAACUUUAUGAGAUAGGAGCUGGAACCAGUGAGGUCAGAAGGAUGAUCAUUGGCAGAGCCUUCAAUGACAUGUUCAAAUAAGAACAGCACUUAUCGAAUGAGAAAUAUCUGAUCCUACACAGACUUUGUCGCUGUGGUCAGAUAUUUAAUUUCAUGCGGCAUCCUAAUUUUAACACCUUUAUUAAUGUGAAGUGUUGUUGCUAAUCAGUCUCAAGAACAAUAAUGCAAAACUAUAUGUCAUGGUGUUUUCUUUGGAUGUCAGAAGCUGUUAGCUAAAUGAUGUUCUGUAAUAAUACAUACAUGGUGAAGUGGUCUCACAUACAAGAAUGAAUGCGUUAGUAAUAGAUGCACAAACCUGAAGUCAUUUUAAUUAAGAGGACAUGAAUUUAUCUUAACGUUGAACAGAUAAGAAAACAGCCAGAACAAUUAAUUUGUCCCAGGUGCCUUUGUCAUGUGACAUGGGUGUUUCUGUAGCAUACUUGUACAGGACUUGCAGUUGUCUUGUUGUUGCCUUUUUUCUCAGAACAUGGUCACUCUGUGUAAGCGAUUCUGCAUAUCACUGCUGUCCCGCUAACAUCAUUAUUUGGGGCUCUUUUUCAAGGGUAUCUUUAUAAAGGAUAUUUAUUGAAUUGUGUGUAAUUCAGACAUUCUUUCCUUUUUCAUUUCUUUGUAUUUUAAGAUUGUGUAAUCUUAAGAUUCAAAAGAAGUAGCAGAUUUUUGAAGUAAGCUGUUGUAUUUACCCAUCAUACCUUUGGAUUCAUAACUACAUGUCUUUGAAGAAAAUGAUUGUUUAGAAUAAAUAAAUAUCUUGCUUUCAUCUA